AUGCUACAACCAGCUGAAAGUUUUGGGCAAAUGUAUGUCCCAUCAAAAGUGUCAAAAGUCGACGAUUUCUUUCAACUCGAUAAAUAUCAACUCAUAAUGUUGCUUUUCAAUGAGUUACUGAUCUUUAACAUUCUUAGCAAUCAGGUAUUCAAUGUUUUCGGUGUUGCACCCCCAAAACUAGUCGGUUGUGGUGAUCAAACUUAUGACGGAUUAACGAGAGCUGAUCGUUGUGCCCAAUAUGCGAAUGAUAGCGAUUGUGUCAAUCCAAGACUUGAGUACGAAUUUGCUAGUGCCACAGUCGAGUUUCAACAAUUUUGCCCCCGGCGCGAGUACACAUUUUUGGAUAAAAUCGUUCAACACUUUGGCAUCAUCGACAAAAUGAAAUUCAGUACAACGAUUCAAAUGGUUGGUCUGAUCAUCGGUGCGGCCGUAGCCGGUCAAUUGAGUGACUCGUAUGGGAGAAGAAAAGUUCUACUCGCUUCCAUGAUUUGUAUUUGCUUUCUUUCGACGAUUCUCUCAUUUUCACCAUCCAUCGAUUUCUACAUAAUUUUCCGAUUCUUUAUCGGGAUUUUCAUUGGAUCUCUGACAACAGUUGGUCCAAUUUUCGUUUUGGAAUGCCUCCCAGUUGCACACCGUUUCUGGAUUGCGACUGUGGUAACAUGGGGUCCAAACUUUGCAAUUCUUUCAUUGAUCGCUUAUCUCACUGGCGAGUGGCGCCUCCUCAGUCGGGUCUCCAAUGCCAUUUCUGUUCUUGGUGUUUUAGUGCUCGUUUUCUUCCUUGAGGAGAGCCCAAAGUUUUUUGUUCAAAAGAGACGCCGCGAGGAGGCGAUCAAGGCUCUCGUUAACAUCAACAAAUGGAAACACAAAGAUAAUCAAAUUCCCUACAGCGAGAUCGUGGCCAUUGUCAGCAAAGAAACGGGCGAUGAUGGGACAAAAGAGAGCCUAUUGAGUGCAGAAACACGACCUAAAAAGUAUACAUUCUUGGAUCUCUACACAACGGGACCGAUCGCUUUAAAGACAGCGGUGACUUCUUUUGGAUUAUUCUCCGUCUCACUUGUCAGCUAUGCACUAAUUUUCAAUUUGCAUGUGAUCCCCGGCUCACUCUACCUGAACAUGGCCGCCAGUGGGGUCCUCAGAUGGGGAAUCGGGGCUGUGGUGGCGAUCACAGAUCAUUUUGGCGGUGCUCGGGUUGGCCGCAAAAUGGUGCACUUUGUGACCGUCGGAGCGGUGGCCAUUUGCUUUGCAUUGCUUUUUCUCAUCGUAAUAAAUGGACUCAAGCUUACGUAUCCAUUUGCCGUUCAAGCAUGCACACUUGUUGCUUUUGGGAUCACUGGUUGCAUUUUCUUGCAGAUGGCUCUAGCGGUGGCUGAGCAAUUUCCGACAGCAGUUCGAAAUCUAGCGAACGCGAAUGCGAACGUUUGUGGGCGACUCGGGAGCGUGAUUGGGCCACUUCUUUUCUCAAUGGAUAUCGGCAUCCGCGGUUCUUCAUACCUUAUCAUGUCGAUGCUUGCUCUGCUCGAUUUGAUUCUUUUCCAGGUGUUUCUCAAAGAGUCAAAAGGAGCCCCAUUACCCGAUGAAAUGCCGGAAAGAAGGAGACGCUCAAAUAACGCA